CGCAAGAGGGCGCCUGUCCCGCGCAGGCGGCGCAGUACUUCCGCGCAUCAGCCGACGCAGGCCGAGGCAUUCCGAGUCGAACAGACGCCUCUGCCAGGGCACGGUUUUCAGUCCUCGGGGUAUAAAAUAUCGUAUGGUCCACGGCAGUCGCAGAAAACCUUGCGAGGGUCAUGGAUCAGACGGGAUAAACAACAGACGUAGACCGAGACAUCUCAAAGAUUAAUCAUAAAAAAUGGCGCCCAGAGGUGAAGGACAGAUGAGCCGAAGAUUUCACCGAUUAUGAGGGUUAGCAAAAGGAACUGAAAAGAAAAUUGUCAAAGGUCUCAUGGGCGACAUAAUCUUUGUAAGAUCCGAGCACAUGAAGGUGGGAAGAUUGGAGAGAUCCUCUGGCCUCUCGAGAAAGCCAAAAAAGCGAAUGAGCAAGAAACCUCAGAGUCCCAGAGUGGACUGGUGCCCUGAGGAUCAGAACGAUGGCUCUGAAGCAUCAGUCCCACCACUGGACUACAGUGGAAUGUUUUGGCAGCAUCCAGGGGCCAUUCCCCCUCACAUGCAGCCCCACAAUGGUCAGAGACUCUUCACAGCAAUGUCAGACCCCAGUGUCUGCAGAUACUCAGCCGUACCCAUGGCCUACACCAUGGAGCCAGUCUCCAUGCCCCCCAUGUAUCCCCUGUACAGGCCUGUGCCCCAGCCCAACUACAGGCCCUUUCGGGGCAGGGGCCGGCGGAAUAUUCAACACCAUCAGAAUGCCCAUGGGGUUGUCAAUGGCUACUCGAGCCUCCAGGAGAACAGAACCAGCUACAUGACACCUCAUCUGUAUCAGAAUGGAGAUUACACUUCUCUUCCACCGACUGCCAAUAACGAGGGGAGGGAGCAGGGGGAAGAGAUGAGCUCUGAGCACAGGAGGUACUCUGAUCCUGGACUCGGCCCUCCUGAGUUGGAAAACUGCAGGAGUGAUGAGUCUGAUAGUGGGGAGAGUGAAAGCUCCAUUGUCACUGUGGGGAAAAAUAAUAAACUGGUGCUCUCCCUGGUUGAACAGAUGACAAACUUGAGAGAAUCGAAUAGUCAAAUGUUCAAAGAACUUCACGAGACCAAAUUGUCCCUGGAAAACGUGAAAGCUGAGUUAUCCAGGGUGAAACAGCAGGUAUCUCUGGACUACCAACCAGGAAUGCUAUCAGAUAUCAUUGGCGAAAUGAGACAGGCCAAUAAAAUCAUGGAAGAGACCAUGAAUGCCAGAAUAUCAGCAAUAAUCGAGGAGAAGAAUAAUCAAAGGCUGUUGGAGCUCGAGGAGGUCAAGGAGCGUCUUGCUAAAAUAACUGAGGAAAAAUCAGACGAUGGUAAACGUAUCGCUAAACUUGAAGAGGAAGUUGCACGUCUCACCAUCAAUGCAAACAAUGAGGGUCGUGAGAUAGCAGCCUUCGAGGAGGAAACCCUGGCACUGCGCCGUGAACUCCAGGAAGCAAGAUCCUCUCGUCAUGUAGCUGAGAAUUAUGCAGCAAAGUGCGUAAACGAUGCAAUAAUGCCAUGUAUCACGCCAGUAACAUUUGACAACUCCUUAAUAACCAGCACCCCCGUGCGUACCGAUCUCCAACCAUCCUCAUCUGUCUCCUCAUCCCCACCGAGUUCCCUGUCCCGAUCCAACUCGUCGAGAAUUCCCUCGGAGGAGACAAAUUGGCAGUGGCAGAGGCCAACAGAGACAACUCCACCCAAUGACAGUACGAAGAACGAAGACAUGAUGAGCUCUAGAAAAGAAUCGAUGCAGUCGUUGGAGCCAGAUGAGAGAGAAGCACUGGACAAGUUGAUUCAUUAUCACUUGGAGCGAAAACAGUCACUCCCUCAGGACAUUAAUUCACCAGAAAUAAAUCCAAGGGAAACUGUAUCUCGAUGCAACAGCGAUUGCCUGGAGAAAUCAAAAGCCUUCAGACAUCGCUCGUCACUCGCCAACACCUCCAGCUGCUCAUCCUCAGAGUCUGAUCCGGAGAGAUCCACCAAGUGCAUCAGCAAAGCCAAACCGAGACGAAAGAGAGGACUCAGUGAUAUUCCAGAUGUUGUCUUCGUUACUGGGGAACCACUGGUACCUAAAGACCUGUGCUCGACGAGAAUCCUGACCUCCAGAGUCCUGACAGCACCUUCACGCGCCACUUAUACCACCGCCUACAUCUAGGUUACGUACGGGGUCGUCACAAUGCGAUUUUUUUUUGCUGUCACGAUAUUCGGGGCUUGGGGCUGAGGAUUAUUCUGUACAGAUUUUUCGGGAUUUGUGGAGAGAUUUUGUGCAUCAUCGGGGGUAGAUUGGGCUCAUCAGCUUUCGCUUUUCACAGACAUUCAUUCACUGUAUCCCUUCCUGUAGCUUCCGGGUUGCACUUGGGAAACGGUUUGGGGACGUAGAUAUUGUAGGUACUUUGCAUGAUUUUUCUGUCGUUUGGAGCAGUGGGGAACAGGAGAAUUUGUUGGGGUAUUUGAUCGAAAAAUAUCAGAAAAUGUUUCAAAUUGUUUACAAAAAAAAAUUCAACAAUAUAAAUAAUCUUUCACAUCGUCUUCUGUUCCCCAACAAUUUUUCUCCGCUACCCAGUUGCCAGCUUAGACCCCCUCCUCCUCGAAAAAUGCGUCUUCUCAAUUUGAAAUACUGAAAAAAAAAUCUGUCUAACUCACUCUGAAUUUUUUUCCUCGAAUUCAAUAAUUCA